UACACUCUCAGUUUGUCCCAGGGUAGACAAAUCGGUAGAUGGUAAGGCCCUGAUGGUUGCUGAUGGUGACACUGUCCAAUCCAGUGAUGCCCCAAUUGCUAUUUGUGAUGUUAAUGCUAGUAUUGUUGUUUGUGCCCCUGCGGUUGUUGUUUGUGAAACUAAGGACCCAACGGUUGAUGCUGGUGACUAGGUCUGUCAAUGGGUCGGAUACGGGCCGAAACUAUAAAUUCCAUAUCCGUUGAAUUUUUUUUUUGUCCAGAUCCGGACCCAUUUACCAUUCGGGUCCUAAACAUAUGUUCUAGAUUUGGAUCCGGCGGGUCUUGGAUCUGGGUCGGGUAUACCCGCAAAAAAAAAACUAAAUAACAUAUGCAAACAAAAAUAAUAUACAACAAAAUGUUGGAAGAGAUCAUAUAUAAAUGAGCAAAAUAUUGUUCUAACCAAGCAUUCUAGCCCAGCUGGUUGUGAGGCUACCGUGCAUAGUGGGAGGUCUCGAGUUCGAAACCCGCUAGGCACGUAAGGGUUUGAAACUCAAUGGAAUGAGUUUCAGCGCUAAUUACUCCAGACCCCCUCCCCCAGACCCCCUUAGAGUAAAAAAAAGCAAAAUAUUGUUCUAUCCAUUACUCCUUAUGAACUAUACAAUAUAUACAGAGUAUGUUAUAUGUAUAUUAGUGAACUCAUAGAGAACCUAGGACACUAAAUCAUUAGCGAAAAUCCCAUUAUAGUGGGCCAACCACUAAAUAAGCCUACAAAUAUUAAAACAUUUUUUAUAUUUGAUUAUUUUCCUUAUUUAAUGUUUAAAUAUUUCUAUGUAUAUUGUGUGUGUAUGUAAAAAAUUAUAACUAUAAUUAUAUCAUCACAGGUCGGGUCCAAAACGGGCCAGAACUUAAAAAUCCAUAUCUAACCCAUUUUCUUUAUCAUGUAACGGGUUCGGAUCCGGAUCCGGAAAACGGUUCUAAAUAUAGACCCAUACCCUCAAAUAAAGUGUCGGAUUCAGAUCGGGUCCGGGUCUAGACCCGACCCAUUGAUAGGCCCACUGGUGACACUGGUUACCAGACCAGUGAUGCCCCAACAACUUCUAAAGAGCCUGAUUGCGCCCCGGGAGUCCCUAUUGGUGAUAAUCAGGUUACGCCUGUGAUUUUAAAUACUGUUUUGAUUGUCCCAAUUGUUAAUGAGGACUCACGGUUUUAAGUCUGGAAACUCCUGAUGCUCACACUAUUGAUGUUAUUCCUAAUGCUUCUGAUGCCUUUGAUGAGAAUUAUAAUAUCCCUGUGAUUGAGAAAACUGAUUUGGAUGUUAAUGCUCCAAAUUCAGCUUCUGUGCCUCUUAAUGAAGCCCUCCUCUUAUUGAAGCCCUUACUGAUUCUUCUAAUGCUGUUACUUGUGUUGUCCCUAUGAAAGUGGCCACCGUCCUUAAUGAUGCACCUUUUGAUGGUUCAUAUGAUCCCUCUUUUGCUACGGAAGUCUGUCAAACUGUUGCCCCGGUUCCAGAACUUCCCCCCACUAUUAACCCCCUCCCUAUUGAUGUUGCCUUUACAGUUUGCGCUUUGGACCGUGUUGAUUACUCUGUUACUACAGAUGCUACCAAAGCAGUACCCCUUUCUGCUGCAUUAGAUCAUGGCGAACCCCCAGUGGCUACCUGUAUGAGGCCCCAGCAGGACAUGUGGAUCCAUCCCAAUAUUGCGGUUACUACACUUGACCUGUCCAAUGAUGAUACUAUUUCUGAGGACAAAAGAAAUGCUAUUCUUUCUGUUUCAGGUGAUGAGGAAAACCUACAAGGCUUCACGGAGGUAAAACGAAGAAAAAGCAAAGACCAGCACUCGUUCAGAACCCCCAAUGAGGAUUCAGAAGAUGUAUAACUCUUCUUCGACGUGGGCUGGACCACACAUCCGAUGGUCACCAGAAGCCGCUCAAAAAGACCCCAAAACGAAACAGAUUACUUCCUUUAUCCGGUUGACGAGAGGUUUGACUCCCCACAUACACUAGCUGCAGCUCUCAAGCAGUUUAAAUUAGCUAAGCCGGAUGCAAAAAUUUACCAACCUUAUCUGCAGAGAGCAAUCAAGUUCCACAAUCUUAAUUGCUGAUGUAAUUUAAAUUUCCUGUUUUGCUUUACCCUUGUACUCUCAAACUUUAUUCUAAUAAAUUUGGGAGGUGUUCCCCAG